UGUGGGGUCUUUUUUCAAAAGGCGUCGCGCUGUCAUGCUUUUUUCGUCGCUCAGUUUCUGUUAAGAAUCAGUAGGCUACGCAACACUUACAGUUAAACUAAAUCAUGAUAACCACACGUAAUUGAAGAAAAUUUGUAUUUUCACAUUUAUUCCGUGUUUAUAGUGAAACGGGUGUUUUGCUGUAUUGUUUACCGACUAACCAUGUGGUGUCGGAGCCAUUUCGUCCUUGAAGGUCUUGUCCGGGUGUUCAAUAAAGUGACGGUUUCUCCUGUUCAAAACUUCUCACAAACUGCAUGCAAGAACACGGUCGUCGUUGAGCGAUGGUGGCAGGUGCCGCUGGCAAAGGAAGGCAGGCCGCCACGUCUCCAUCCUAGGCGGCAUCGGAUCUACAAAUUGGUGGAGGACACCAAGCACCGUCCGCCGGAGAAGCUUGAGCUCAUCCUGACGCAGACUGUUCCCAAGUUUGGGGGCAGGGGAGACACGGUCAUGGUGAAGAAGUCGGUGGGACGCAACAAGCUCCUGGCAGAGGGCCUUGCGGUGUACCCCUCGCCCGAAAACAAGCAGAUGUUCGAGGAGGAGAGGAAGAUGCUGGAGGGGAGUCUGGAGGGGAGGAGGCAGACUAGCACAGGAGAGCUGACAGUGAAGUUGCUGAAAAGCUGUCACCUGGAAGUGGGUUUGAGGAACAACGUGCGAUACGAGCUGACUAAAGAAAUCGUGUGCCGCUGUUUCCUGCGAAGGCUAGGAAUGUUUGUCCCUCCCCAUGCUCUGAAGCUUCCUGAGGAGCCAAUCACACGAUGGGGAGAGUACUGGUGUGAAGUUACGGUGAACAGGCUGGACACCGUGCGCGUUCCCAUGUCCGUGGUGAACUUCGAGAAGCCCAGGACGAGAAGUCGCAAGAGGUGGCAGGCGCUAUACGGGAAGCCUGAACCCGAGGAGUCCGCGCAGCCGGAGUCAGAGCGGCCGGCAAAGGACCCGUAACGCCCCCCCACAACCGCCAGCCGCACCCCAAACCUGUCGUUUAAAGCCUCGUGUCAUUCACCUGCAGCAUUUCCACUGGCCUCUGAGGAGAACACGUCCAAAGCACUCUCAGUCCGGAACUGCUCCUGCCAGUCCCUCCCCCGCCCCACUCUUUAUGAUGUCAUAGGCGCCGACUCGCAUUACGUCAUGCCCGUGGGGGAGGGGCUCUAGCUUCCUGCUGUGGUUGACUGAAAAAAUCAUUGAACUGAAUUUCAAUUAAAUUCCUGAGUAGACUGAUUUGAAAUGGAAUGUUUUCACUAUGCUACUGGAAUGUUUUGUCAAUGUUAUAACGUUGCCCCUACGCGGCAGUGUUUUGUGUUAGUUUCUUAGUUUUUGCCCUCAGGCAGUGCAAAGGGGUUGCCCUCUCAGGGAGACUGGGGUAAAGAAAGAGGCUUCACCAACCCCCAAAAAUACACGUUUGUACCAAACGCAUUUCGGUUUGUGGAGUGAGUCCUCGGAUUGGCUAAUCAAGACCGUGAUUGACAGCAUGGUCCAUGAAGUUCUUCCCCCGUUACUCGUAAGCAAUGACGCAUACCUGCAGCCGCCAUUUUGUAAGGUAAUAAAGACGUUGUAUGAAUCUGUCCAACAGUCUCUCAACAUGACUAAGUGCUCAACACAUCUCUAAAGUGUGUCUGUGGAAGUCAAAGCUGAAGGAAAUCUUCUGAAUGUCGUCGGGAGAGUGGCUACAGCAUUCUGUAUGAUUGUGACCAAUAAAAUAAAAACUUUCAAAACCCA